AUGCCGCGCGCAAAGGUCAAGCCUGAAGACCGACAGCGCUCGGUCAAAGCCUGCCAGCCAUGCAAGACGUCCAAAACGCGCUGCGAUGCCGAAUCGCCAUGCGCCGCCUGUGUGAAGCGCGGCCGUAUCCACGCCUGUAUCUAUCCCACACCGUCAGCGCGCGGCCAUGUCAGAAGUCAGAGCACAUCCACCGAAGCAUCGUCGUUGCCAAGGCAAGACCUUCCUCAGCAGCGACCACUUCCCAGCUUGGACGAGGCCCGCCCGUCCCUGUCUCCAGCGGUCCCUAACGACAAGGCAGCGGCUGCCGACGCUGACCCUCCACGAGCAAAAUGGACCCCAAGCUCCUCCCAGAGAACGCGCAGCCGUAUGCUUCUCAGCUCCCGAGGCGAGAAGCUCUAUGUAGGCGAGACGGCAUCGCUGUCAUUCCUGCAGUUUCUGCGCAAGACUCUCAGGCGGCACAUGGGCCCCUCGCCUUUCACUGAGAGUGAAUUCAGCAACCAGAUGCUGGAAGUCGACCAGGGUGACCGUCUGCUUGAUGUCGCCGAGCCUGAUGGGCUUGAAGAUCAAGACCAGAAGCGCGCACUGGUCCAGUGCUUUUUUGAAGCCUCGAGCGCCAUUCUCCAUCUGUACACCAAAGACGAGGCCUUUGGGUUUGUCACAGAUACCGGGCUCUCGCCCAGCACCAAUCAUUUCAGUGACCGAGCCAAACGCGAUGACCAUGCCGCACUGUGCUUGAUGCUUGCAAUCGGAGCUCAAUGUCGCGGCUCGCGGCAGUCCGACGCCGAGUAUGCCACUCGUUGCUUCUCCAGAGGACAGCAAAUCGCCUUCGAAGGCAUGCUUUGUAACCCAAGCAUCAACAUGAUCAGACUGUUCUUGCUCAUGGCCUUCUACAUGUUGGGAGCCUGCCAUCGAAAUGCGGCUUUUAUCUACAUUGGCGUUGCUUCUAAGGCUGCAUCUGCACUGGGUCUUCAUGUCAAAGAGGUCUACAAACAUGUCCAGGACAACGAGCUCGACACCAGAAUCAGGACCUGGAAGAGCCUACGCAAUUUGGACUUGAUCGUCACCUCUAUUCUAGGCCGAGCAGGUGGUCCUUCGAUGGUGAGCCCCGCCGAGACAGAUCUGAGCAAUAACGUACAAGUGUCCGGCCAUCGUUCGCUUGAUGCAACGUACCGAGUCUGCACCAUCAUCGAUGACCUACAGCAAGAGUUUGCGAAAGGUGGCAUCGCGGACUUGAAGUCAGCCGAAGACUACCUGCAACGCCUUCGGGAAUGGUCCCAGAGUGUGCCACCAGAGCUGCGACAGUUCACCAGCGCCAAUGCUAUCAACACUGACAGCGAGCAUGUCAUCGGAGCUGUACAUAUCUCCUGCUGCUAUUUCUUUGGGGCCAUCCUUGUUACCAGGCCUUUCCUGAUCUCGCAUCUGAUGUCUAAAAUUCGUGGCACGGGAGCUGAUACUCCUCAUCCUGCUGCAGCUUCGGGAGAUCGUGACAAAGUCUCAAAACUGGCCAAUGCAUGCUUGAAUUCUGCGAUUUAUAUGUCUCAGACAGGCUACCAAGCCAUGGAAUCUGGCUAUUUACUAGGAAAUAUGUGCUUAUUGAAGGCUUGGAUGUUUGCUGCUGGUCUGUUGCUCGGCUUCGCUCUGUUCGCUGAGAGCGGCGAGAAUACCGAAGUCGAAGAAGCCUUCAAGAACGCCAUUGCGGUCCUCAAGAUGAUCGCCGUCCUGUCACCGCAGGCAGGACAUUACACAGACAUCCUCACCAAGUUUUCUGAGGCCGUGCAGCAGUACAAACGAAAGCUAAAGGAAGAACGCCGCCGUGCGACCAAUGAGUACGUCGACCAGAUCUUCGCCAUUGAUCUCGGCCAGCCUCAAGGCUAUCCUAGCCCGGUUUCGGGUAAUUGCGACAACGGUCCAGCAACGAGCAACAGCAUGAACGAAGUUUCCUUUCCUCCGGACAUGCUUCCUGGCGGCCCGCUUGGUGAUCCAUCACCGAAUGACUUGUCGUUGGACUGGCAGCCCUUUGGAAUGUUUUUCGAAGACUUCUGGGUAAACCAGCAAGGCGGAUCGGGUGUCAUGCCGUUUGGCUGA